AUGACACAAAAUAAAAAUCUAACAAAUGCUCAAGUAUCCAAGGUUAUCUCUCAAAUGUGGAAAAAUGAAAAAAAAGAAAUAAUACUUUAUUGGGAAAAACUUGCUGACAGUAUGAAGCUCAAACAUAUGCAAAAAUAUCCAAACUAUGUAUAUAAGCCAAAAAAACGUACAAAAGACACUAGUAAAAAUUCAUCGAAAAUGAUUAGUGCAAAGACUUCAUCGACUCUUCCGCCUCCUCGCGAAGAAUCUAUUAUCAACCAAAUUCCGUAUCAAACUUAUAGUAAUGAUAUUUCUUAUUUUAAUGAUAUACCCACAUAUUUUAAUGAAUUAUAUUACACUUUAGA